AUGGACUAAUCCCAACCAGAAGCCGCAUUGGACUAAUAAAAUCGAAAAUCGAUGUAACACUAAAAAGGAUCGUAUUCUUUUCACUCAGCUUUCGCAUCUGAUAUAGACAGCAUCAAUAACGACCUGAAGGAUAUAUUCCCUAAUGACAUGACAAACAAACUAAGGCAUUAGAAUAAUACUUUAAAGAGACCAGUAGAUGAUUUAGAACUUGAGAAUCAAUUACUUCAAUAAUAUGUCUAAACCACCCUGGAGGAACUGCAGUUAGAGACCUAGGAAAAUUAAGAUUUCGUCCAGCAUAAAAUAUUUAAUCACGGCAGAAACCCUUCGCAGAUGGAAAUGAGGGACCUGAUAGAAUUAGCUCAUUAAAAUUCUACAUACCUAGAUAACAAUCCAAUAUUUGACUUUAAUUACCUUCAAGAAAACAGCUCAAAUGAUACCAAGGAAAAUAUCAAGGAGGGCAAUAUGAAUCGGUAUAUGGAAUUUCUUGAAGCUCAAAAGACAAAUAAACUUGCUCAGAAAAAUAAUAAUCAAUUAUCCUUAAAUCUUCAUUAGAGAGGCCCAUCAAAUUUAACCUCCUCAUCUAAUGAUAAGUCUUCUGAUCUAGACAAAAUCAGAGAUUCUCAUAGGGGUUUAAAAAAGAAACAUUUUUAAACAAUUAAGAUCGCUUCUUUUGAUGAAUAGCUGAAACCUUCACUUAGAAUGAAUUAAUCUGAAAUUCAAUAGCCUGCUCUGAGUAGCGCUAGGAAAUCUAGCAGAGCUGAUAAGUUUAGGAAUAAAGAUGAAGCCUAUGGAGAAAUAAUUGAAAAUGUUAAUAAAAAGCAGUUACAGCCAGUAAUGAGUCCAUUAAGAGCAAAGCUUAAGUCAUUUAGUCAGGAAGAGAUAGUAGUGAAGGAUAGAAGGGAUGAGCUAAAUGAAUUGAGGAGCAAAUUAAGUGGUUAGAAAACAGACAAAGAACUACUCUCUCCAACUAAGUUAAGUAACAGAGGAAGCAGUCCACUCAAAAGUAUUCAUAAUGGGAUUGAUGAUUCCAAUACAAUGACUAAAAAGGCUUUCAGCUAUCAACUGAUUUCAACAUAACCUAAAAGCAACGAUAUAGAGAACUAAGACAGGCAGAAUUCUAGUAGAAAUGCAGGGAAUGCAGUUAAAAUAUCCAGCAAAGCCUAACUACUUGAGAAAAGAAGAUUAGCUGGAGGAUCUACUUUCACUCAAUCCAAGUAAUCAAAUAAGGUUGGAUUACCUCCUCAAUAUCCGGCUGGCAGAGAAAACAUGUUCAAUAAUACAAUCAAUGAAACAAAACUUCCAUCAAUAAAUGAUGCAUAAAAUGUCGUUAUCUCAAUGAAAGAUCAGUCUUUACAUGAAGAUGAUAACUUUGAAAAAAAAUCAUUAGGUGCUGUUUUAAGGUAAUAUGCUCGUCAGAAGGACGCUGAAGAAUAAGCAAAAAGAGAUGCAGAAGAGAGGGAUAGAUAAGAAAAGGAGAGAUUGCUCUAAAAUGAUAAGCUAAAGUCGAAAGAAUUCACUAGCAAAUACAAAAUUAACAAAUUUAAGCAAAUGAGAGAAAACACUAGAGGUAAAAAAGGAGAUAGUAUGUAUCCUCAUACAAGAAGUGCAAAAAAUAUGUUGCACACUAUUGAAAACAAGCCUUUUGAAAAGAUUGCAGAGUUAGAGAAAGAAAAACUGAGAAUUGUUCAAGAAGCUCAGGAGUAUUAAAUUAAAGGAACUAGAGCAGUCGCUCCUAUAAUAGAUGAUAAAGAUUUGUCCCCUGCAUCAAGGAGAAGAAAUAAGUUUAGAGCAUUACUGAAUAAAUAUAGCGAUGAUCCAACCAAUACUGAUGAGGCAGGAAGGCAUCCCAUACAGACAGAAAAACUUAAAUAAACAACAUAUAUGAGGCUAAGAGAGCUAGAUAGAUUACAUGUUAGAAACGAUGAUGAAGCGCUUGAGGAUGAAAGGACAUUUAAUGCACUACUUAGAAAGAAAAUGAAAAUAGUAAACGAGUAUCUCAGCAAGGUUGUUGAUAAUCAGAUUAAGAAACAAGGAUUUAGAGAGGAAUAUGACAGGAAGUAUGGAAUCAAGAGACUCACAGAGGAGAAAUAAAAACAAAAGGAUAGAUUGCUAUUUGAUAAGACAUUAGAUAACGCACUCAAGCAAUAAUAAAUGUUAAAGAGAGAGUAUAAUGAGACUAUGGAUUUAUGCACUAGAGUAGCGUAGACUAACUAUAUUGAUCAUUUGGAAAAGAAAAUUAGAGAUAUGAAUGAUGAUAUUUAAUUCGAAACAGUGCAAAAGAAUAAUCUGUCAAUCAAGUAAAAGAUGUAUUACAAAGAAAAGAAAAUACUCAACCUUGAAAGCGAACUGGAACGUAACGCUGAGAAAAUCAAUUAAAUUCUUGAAAGAAGAGAAUACUUACAAAAGGAAAUAACUCUUGCAGAGCCUAAAGUAGAGGAACUUAAGAAGCGAAAAGAUACUCUUCGGGAGAUUCUAGAUGAUGAGAUAGGAAAAAAUGAAAACAUCCUUAUAGCUUAGCGGUUACCUAUGUUUGAGCAAAUGGGAAAGAAUAAAGAAAUAUAUGGCUAGGUUAUAGAAAAGCUGAAAAAAGAUAUUAAGGCUAAAAAAGAAGAGAUUGAUGUGUUUAAGAAGUUGAGUCAGGUAAAGGUUCACUAACUUGACACAAUUGGAAUAAAAGUCAUAAAAGUUAUCAAGUUGUUGAAGCAGGAAAAAGACUAAAAACAUAAAAAAGUGAAUGAGUAAAAAAUCAUUGUAGAUUAUCUAGAGAAAGCAAUGGAACUCGAAAAGUAAGCUGAAAUCGAGCAUAUGGAAUAAGAUAUUAAGAAUAAAUUUUAAAAUUAGCUAAUGAGCAUGCUUUUUGGAAAACUAAACAAUAAUGAACUUCAAAAUACAGAAGUAAAUGAAUCAAGCUAGCCCAAUCAAAGUUAAUUAGGAGAAGAAUAAAUGAUCUAAUAUGGAGAGCCAGAAGUUUAGCUUGAUAUGUUAUAAAUCAGCAAUAAUAAUACUUCAAGUAUAGCUGAAGGAGAGAGUAAUACUGCCAAUUUCCUUGAUGGAAUGAGUACAGCAAAUGCUUAAUCAGCUACACAUCAAUUCAAAUAUUUUGAUUAACUCAUAUUUCCUGAAGGUGAUAAAGACAUCAACGAUCUUUUAGAGCUCUACAACAUGCAUAAGUUUCAAGGACCGAAAGCAAAUAAUUUGAUUGAUGAUAGAGAAGCCGCUGAAGAAUAGUUGUAAAAAGCAAUGGAGGAAUAAAAAAAACAACAAGUAAUAAUGUAAUAGGAGUAACAAAGAUUGAAGCUAGAGCAGGAAAAACUGUAAAAAUCAAAAGUUGAAAGUACAGCCACACCUUUCUCUAUAAGGAGCCUAUUUAAGAAAUUAGGCAAUACACCUUCAAUUAAGAUUGCAGAGCCAAUUAUUUCUCAAAGCUAGUCUUAAAUAAAUUUAACUAAGGGCAGUAAUAUAAUACCUAAUACUCCAGGGAUAUCUAAGCAGAAGCAUCUUUAAACUCCAAAGUCAAUUAGUUUCUAAAAGGAUAGCUUUGCCAAGAGCACAAAAAGAUGA